AUGACGUCCACCCGUGUGAGGAUGAUUCAUGGCCUCUAUGAGGAUGGAGGCAAGGGAAGCCCCUCUAACCCUGUGAAGUUUAAAAGCCAAGACUUUGAGAAGCUGAGGGACUCGCUCCUCAAAGAGGGGGGGACAUUUGAGGAUGAAAUGUUCCCACCAACCCUGGAUUCUUUGGGCACCGUGGAGGGUCUCACAGCUGAGGAGCUCAAAGAGGUGGAGUGGCUCAGUCCACUUGACCUUAACCCUGAUGCAUCAUUUGUUGUGGAUGGGACUUCAAGGUUUGAUUUCCAACAAGGACAAGUUGGAAACUGCUGGUUUCUUUCUGCCAUUGGAGUUUUGACUCUUCAUAAGUCACUGAUAGCACAAGUGGUACCUCAGAAUCAAGGAUUCAGGGAGAACUACACUGGGAUUUUUCACUUCAGGUUUUGGAGAUAUGGAAAAUGGGUGGAUGUUGUCAUCGAUGAUUUGCUGCCAACAGUCCGAAAGGUUCCUCUGUCGGUGUCCUCCAAAUCCAAAAAAGAGUUCUGGGCCCCUCUGUUGGAGAAAGCAUAUGCCAAGGUUUGUGGAUCUUACAGCGACAUGAUUGCUGGAAACUCAGAUGAGGCAUUCAAGGACUUCACUGGUGGUGUCUCCAUGAACUACACUCUGUCCAAAAGUCCACCUGACCUGUGGGAUGUGAUGAACAGAGCGGUCCACAGCAAAGCUAUGAUGGGGUGUGGGACUUACGGAGGGGAGAAAGGAAAGGAAUUUUCUAAAAAGUUUGAUCUGGUGGAAGGUCACGCCUUUGGUGUGACUGGAGUCAAACAGAUGCAGAGUCAGGGGGAAACGGUGAAUCUGGUGAGAGUGUGGAACCCGUGGGGAGAGAAAGAGUGGAACGGAGACUGGAGUGACAAGUCAGACUUGUGGGAAACCGUCAGCAACAAAGAAAGGGAGCUGUAUCUGAAAGAGCGCAAUGAUGGAGAGUUUUGGAUUGCAUUGGAGGACUUCUGUACUUAUUUUGAAGAAAUGGACAUCUGCUGUGAAAGCCCAAACUUUGUGGAUGAUGAUGCUGCCUGUCACUGGAACUGUCUUCAGAAAGAAGGACGCUGGGAGGCUGGAAAAUCUGCCGGGGGUCCUGACUACAGCACAGAGGAAUUUUGGACCAAUCCACAAUACCGUCUGACAGUGAAGGCGGUGGAGGGAGACUACGCAGGAGACAGGAACGUCUUACUGUCUCUGUUACAGAAGCCUGAUGAAGAAUUUCGAAGUAAAGUUAAAUAUCAGGCCAUAGGGUUCAACAUCUUUGAGCUGCCAUCAGAGGCACCCAAAGGACACCUUUCCUCAUCGUUCUUCCAGGAUAAAAGUCCCAUAAAAGUAAGCACGUUCAGCCAGAGGAGAGAGCUGAUCGAGUUCCACAGCUUGGAGCUCGGGGAGUACUUGAUCGUUCCUUGCACGUAUGAACCAAACAAGACCUCGAGCUUCAUCAUCACAACCUACUCUAAGGCUGAAGCAGACAUGGAGUGA